AUGCUUAGAUGGCUUGUUAGUGCCCUCUUCCUGGCACUGCCGAUUGGUACCACCAUCGGUGUCUUGCUGGGCAUGCAGGCGUAUAAUCAUGCAAAUGGCCAGCCGCCUCCAUUCUCAGGCGGUGACGAUGGCAAUGGUCUGCCUGGAAUAGGUACUCCCAAGGAUAAAGAUACUGUCGAGAUGAAGUGUGACCAAGCCUUUGGUUUCGACCCCAAGUCCAAGGGUCAGAAUUUCAUCUUGAAUCCUAAUCCUUGGGGUUGGAAACCGGGCGAGAAAGGCGCCCUUUGCAUGCUGGUCAACUUCAACGGAAAUCGAACAUACGCCACAGAUUUCUCAGCGCCUGUCUUCAAUGCCACCUGGCAGUAUCCCCGAGUUAUCGGCGGAAACAACGUGCAUGCCUUCCCCAACGCAAAGGUCGACAGCAAAAGCUUCCCUGUCCAGGUCGGGUCCGUCUCCAAGUUUGAGUUUGAUGUUGAAUGGUCCUUGUCGCUCAAGAACGACACACGUGAAGAGGUUACCGAUGCUGAUGUGAAAGCAAACGAGAUUAAUGCCAACGUGGCCAUUGAUAUGUUCCUGGACAAGGACAGCACAAAAGCCGAAGACAGUGAGAAGGCAAGCUUUGAAGUGAUGGUGUGGUUCGCCGAUUUCGGUACCGAUGCUUGGCCUCUUGGCAAGACCAAUACCCCUGACAAAGGCUUGGUCAAAACCUUGACCCUCGAGGGCGUGGACUUUGAGUUGUAUGCUGGGUCCAAUUCGAAGGACCAGAUGGUCCUGUCUUGGGUAGCAACUAAGCCUACCACCACCUUUAAAGGAGACUUGAAGCCGCUCAUGGACACCAUCUUUGCCAUGAACAAUGCCCAAUACCCGCAAAAGACCGACUACCUCGGAUAUCUUGCCUUUGGACAAGAAGCCUACAGCUCGACCGCCAACGUCACCUUCUCGGUGCCUAGUCUCGCAGUGGAUAUCGAGACGUCUAAAUAA